ACUGCAAGGCCAGGAAACUACAGGAAAGUUCUCAAAUAACACUCACAAAAGCAGGUUCCCUCCAAGCUGGGGGUGCGUCCUGGGGAGCCGUGGUGUUGUGGACACUUGCUGGGGUCCAGCAGAGGGCCUUGCUCCCCAGUGCACACCAGUGACCUCAGCGGUCUACUUCUGGGGGGAGGGGGAGCCGAGAGCCGGAACCGGUGACCGCCUUCACUGCUGCUCCGUGGCUUUGUGGCCUGUUCUCAGAGCUAGGCGUGGCCGAGGACCCCCGGGCAUCCCACACGCACAUACCAACAUGUGCCAACGCACACACCUGUGUGUGUGAAGGCAGCACUGGGAGUAUAUAACAGUGUGUACAGCAGUGGUAGCCAGAGGCGUGCGGCAGGAAGGGUGUUGGGUGGAACCCAGGGUGCACACCAGCCAAGCCUCUGACCUGUCCAGGCACCCUGACCAACUGACCACAAGGACAGAGAGGGUUUCCGCCCAGCCGCUGGUGGAGCAGUCUGUUUCAUUAAGGAGCUCCUGGAGCCAGGGGUGGCCCACCACCAGUGUUCAGCCUGUCCCGGAGAGGCCCCCGACAGAGCCAUGGCAGGUGUCUGUGGCAGGGCCCCCGACUUCCUCUCCCCAUCUGAAGACCAAGCCCUGGAACAUGCUCUGGGCAGUGUAGUUGCUCUGAACUGCACAGCUUGGGUUGUCUCUGGACCCCACUGUCCCCAGCCUUCAGUUCACUGGCUGAAAGAUGGGCUUUCUUUACCCAAUGGAAGUCACUACAGCCUCCAAGAGGACUUCUGGGUCAAGGCCAACUUCUCAGAGGUGCUUGUAUCCAGUGUCCUGGGGGUCAACCUGACCAGUGCUGAAGACUACGGGGCCUUUGCCUGCUCUGUCCUCAACACCAGCUCCUUCUCCUUCACUCUGUGGAAAGCUGGCCCGGCGGGCCAUGUGGCCGCAGUUGUGGCUUCCCUCCUCGUCCUGCUGGCUCUGCUGCUGCUGGCCCUGCUCUACCUGAAGUGUCGCCUCAACGUGCUGCUUUGGUACCAAGACUGUCACGGAGAGGUGGAGAUGAAUGAUGGGAAGCUCUACGACGCCUACGUGUCCUACAGCGACUGCCCCGAAGACCGCAAGUUCGUCCACUUCAUUCUGAAGCCGCAGCUGGAGAGGCGGCGGGGCUACAAGCUCUUCCUGGACGACCGCGACCUCCUGCCCCGCGCGGAGCCCUCGGCCGACCUCCUGGUAAACCUGAGCCGCUGCCGACGCCUCAUCGUCGUGCUUUCCGACGCCUUCCUGGGCCAAGCCUGGUGUAGCCACAGCUUCCGGGAAGGCCUGUGCCGGCUGCUGGAGCUGACCCGCAGACCCAUCUUCAUCACCUUCGACGGCCAGCGGCGCGGGCCCGGGCACCCGGCGCUGCGCCUGCUGCGCCAGCACCGCCACCUGGUGACGCUGCUGCUCUGGAGGCCGGGCUCGGUGACGCCGUCCUCUGACUUCUGGAAAGAGCUGCAGCUGGCGCUGCCGCGGGCCGUGCAGUACCGGCCGGCGGCGGGGGCCGGGGACCCGCAGACCCAGCGGCAGGACGACAAGGACCCCAUGCUGACCACGCCGGGCCGCGCAGCUCCCGAGCCAGACGCAGACGCGGACCCCGAGGGAGACCUGGGCGUGCGUGGACCUAUUUUUGGGGAGCCACCAGCCUCACGACAUGCAGGUGGGGUGUUGCUGGGAGGCCAAAGCAGCGAGGUGGACAUCUCUGACCUUGGCUCCAGGAACUACAGCGCCCGCACGGACUUCUACUGCCUGGUGUCGGAGGCAGACGUGUAGCUCUGGCCUAGCCUGGCACGCGGGCUGAGGGGGGCGGCGGGCCGGGGGGACGGCAGGGAGGGCAGGCAGGGCAGGAGGUGUCCUUCGGAAAGGCCGCAGCCCCUGUCUGGUUCUCAGGGAAGGAACGUGGACCCCAGUGCCACGUAAUAAAGGUCUUAAAUUCUAA